AUGGGGGGGGGACAACCAAAAUCACAACAACCAGAACAAAUCCAACAAAAAUCACAAAAAAUCUCAAAAAACACAACAAUCACAACAACUACAACAAAUCCAAGGGGGGGUAAACAACAAUCACAACGACCACAACAAAUCCAACAACAAAUCCAACAACAACCACAGCAAAUCCAACAACAAAUCCAACAACCACAACAAAUCCACCAACAACCACCACAAAUCCAACAUCAAUCACAAAAACCACAACAAAUCCAACAACAAUCACAACAACAGCAUCAAGAACAAAAAAGAAAAGAUCCUCCACCACCAUCACCAAUAAAUAAUAGAAUUAAUAACAACUAUCAACAAUUUUACCAACAGCCAUCAUAUCAAAACCAAACAGUUCAUAAUAAUACCAAUUUUAAUAAUCAAAUAAAAGUAUCAACACCAAUCAAACCAAGUAUUGCAAACUCCUCUACUGUAUUUAUUCCACAAUCGCAAUCACAAUCGCAACCACAACUACAAUCACAAUCAAUUAGAACUGUUAGAUGGAAAAAACUCUUCCCAAUUAGGGUUUCACUUCACAGCAAACUCAGACAAUCAUUAACAGGAGUUUGUAUUCUCAAUUCAAAAGAGCUACAUGCAAAUAAUAGUAUUGAUUUAGUUAUUCUUGCAACACUAAGAUUGUCUUUAUUUUUCCCAAUAAUUUUAAGCAGUACUCCAAAGAAUGAAGAAGGUCGUUUAUUCACCCAAGAAAUGGAAAAUAACCAACUUAUUGCUAAACUUUGGGAAUCAUUAAAAACUAAAGAUACUAUUGAAACCUAUAAAAACAUUUCAUUGGAUAGCUGGUUAAAAUCAAAGAACCAUACAAAGAAAAGUCUCUCUAUAGCGUUAAUUCCAACUACAAAUAUAUUUAAAGAUAUUAGUAAAGAACUUUUAUCAACCAUAACCAAACCAAAUGAAGGAAUUAUUUUCAAUAACAAUCUCAAUCUAACCCAGGAUGAAGUUAAUCAAAUCGUAUCAAUUUUAGAAUCAACUUUAAAUAUAUUUUUAGUUAAACCAAGAUAUAAUAUUAUUCUAGCUCGUCACAAUCAAAUUGCACCAACCCAAAAAACAGAAAAUCAAAAUUUAAAUAAAAAUAGUGGUAAUAAUGAUUUGGAUGAUUUCUUAGAUGAUAAUGACACCAUUUUAAAUAAUAACAAUAGCAACAAUAAUAUGAAUAAUAAUAGUAAUAAUAGUAAUAUGAAUAAUAUGAAUAAUAAUAGUAACAAUAGUAAUAUGAAUAAUAUGAAUAACAUGAAUAAUAUGAAUAAUAUGAAUAAUAUGAAUAAUAAUAGUAAUAUAAAUAUCAACAAUCAAACAAAUACUUCACCAUCUAUAGCAGCUCCACAAACCACAAUAACCAAUACAGCCACAAAUACAGCCCAAAAUAAUAAUGCGAAUAUAAAAACCAAUAAUGAUAAAAAUGAUCCUCAAACCAGUCUACUUCAAAAAGCACAAGUUCCACCACCAAAAGAAAAUGAAACCCAAAUUUAUAUGAAAAAUUUAAAAAAAGAAUUAGAAGAAAUUAAACCAACCAACAUAAUAGAUGGCGCAAGCUUAUCAAUUGAAACUGAUGAGAGAAUUAAAAAGCUUUUAUCAAUUGUCGAAACCCAACACCAAGAAUUAGAAAAAGUAAAUAAAUCAAAUAAAGAACUCUUUGGAUACCUUGAAAGAUUUAUUAAUUGGCAAAAUUCAAUCAAAGCAAAAUGGGAUGAUUAUUCCUCUUUUAUGACACACUCAAUGGUUAACUUUGGUUUUAAAAAAUAA